AUGUCAACGUACCACUGUGAUGUAUCUAAGCAACAUGAGCUUACAAGCGUUGCACGAAGCAUCAUAUCUACACAUGGCUCUCCUACUAUCGUAAUCAAUAAUGCCGGAAUGAGGAAUGGCCUUCCCUUGCUUGCGCUGCCAAAUGAUGCACUGAGAAGGUAUGUAUAUCUGUCCUCAUGUUGUUGUACCAUCGAGACAAAUACUUUGGCUCACUUUUGGAUCUUGAAAGAGUUCCUCCCCCAUAUGGUUGCAGAAAAAAAAGGUCAUGUCGUGACCAUUUCAUCGUUACUGGGAUAUACAAGUGUGGCACAAUUGACGGACUACGUUGCAUCGAAGCAUGCCUUAGUGGGGCUGCACGAGUCACUGCGCUUCGAAUUGGAUACAAUCUACAGGACACCUUAUGUUCGUACAACGCUUGUCACAACGGGGCAACUGGAUGAAACAAACAUGUUUGCAGGAAUUCAAUACAACCGCCUUGCCCGCUUUGUUGCUCCCUCUGUGCAGGUAGGGAGAGUCGCUAAAGCCAUCGUGGAUGCAUUGGAGAAACAGGAGAGCCGGACUAUUAUAAUACCUUGGUAUGUGGCAGCAGCGCCACUUUUGCGAGUACUGCCGUCUUUUCUCCAUGAUGGGAUACAACGGGUA